AUGAGUGUGGAGCCUGAAUUCCAACUCAAGCAAACCAACGUCUCGCAGCCUCAACUAUCCCAUCAAACCUCGCAGCAGAGCGUUGCUGCUUCCCUCGCUGCUUCUGAGGGCUACUACAGCGCGUCAGAGCACGCGUCCAGUUCGAGCGACGAGCGCAGGCCUCUCUACCAGACACCGCCUUCCUCCCGCACACCGGCACAGAGUCAUGAGCAGUUGGUGCCACACACUGACAUCCCGAUAACGUCUCUGCGAGGUGUUGGUGUCCCAAGACAGCAGCCUCAGCCUUCCUUCACACACGGACGCCCUCAAUCGCCUGCUGUGUCUACCAUCGCAGAGGAGUCGAGACCAGACACGCGAGACGCGAGGCGCUCCCAGUCAUACAACAUGGACGCCGAAUCCCAGGUGACCACACCCGGCCAGGAUACCACACCCUACAUUCGAUUCGCCAUCGACCAACUCACACGCGACGAAGAGGUCCGAGGAUCGAGAAUAUACCCAGAGGUCCGACCAGAGGACGAAGAUGACUACCCCGUCGACAGGAUUGUCCACGACAAUGGCCUGGGAUACAUGGCGCAGGAACAGCGGACACAACAAAGGAUGUCACAACAAAUACCACGGAAGCCCCUGAGGAAUUCGUCAACACCGCUUGCGAAAGCCCCAGCACCCAUGGCCACUACACAGCCUUACGACCCACAUCACCCAACCCAACAGUACAGGCCCCAGCAUUCACCAUCUCCUUCUCGCACACAGAACGACGUCUUCGUAGCACAUACCCAACAUGCGCCACUGCACUUCCUCCCGGCUAUCCUUCGCCCAUUCUGGCUAGGCCUUUACAUCUUCUUGUGUCUUCUAAUGCUUGCAGCCUUGAUCUUUUCUGCCGUCUACUCCAACCGCAACGAUGGCAACGGCCUGUGGGACUACAACGCAUUUGGCGACAACCGCUACUUUGUCUUCGAAUACCUCCCAACCCUCCUAGGAAUGCUCCUACUUCUAUGGCUCAUCCAGAUCCAGACCGCUACCCAGCGCCUCAUACCUUUCAUCUCCAUGGCUUCGGACUCUUUCCACAUGCGCUCUGAGGCUGUCUUCCUCCGACUGUACCCGAUGCAGUUCGUAUGGCCUAACUUUGAGCAUUUCCGCGCCGGACACCCCGGUGUCGGUGUUUUCUUCUUCGUGUCAUGGCUGUUUACUUGGACGAUACCCCUUCUUGCUUCCGCCUACAACGUACGAUAUGACGUGGGCCGCAGUGUCUGGCGAUGGGUAGCCGUUCAGGGCGUUGUCUGGACCGUUGUUGUUCUCUACAUCCUGCUGAUUGCCGUCUUGAUCUACAUGCUGCUCUUCCUGACCCGCAACCCGACUGGCCUGAAAUGGGACCCUCGAUCUCUCGCCGAUAUCAUCUCGCUUCUUGAGCGCUCGAACAACCUCACGGAUUACAACAACUCUGAGACAUUUGAGAAGGGCGACUGGCAUCUGGUUAGCAACCGCGCAGACCGCAUUGGAUAUUGGACCACUACAACGAGACCCAGCGACGUCUUCUACGGUAUCGGCGAAGAGGGUGCUGGGAUUCGGAGGUUCUCAGUUCAAGAGGGACGUAUCACUGAGAAGGGAGCUGAGCGCACCAACCUCGACCCGACCCAGGGCAACGACUUCACCAUCCGCACCGACAUCCGCAAUCCCAGCGUGCGGCUACGAUUCCUUCCCUGGUACCUGAAGGACACUUCGGUCAUUGCGUGGAUCGUCAUUGCCACUGUAUUGCUGGUCGCUUUCUUCGUUGUUAGUUUUGUCAACAGCGCCGUCCGCCUUGGAUUCCUGCCCCAGGUCUUCGCUCGCACUGGCGCAGACGGCUUCUCCGCGUCAAACUUCCUCUACUCCUUCAUUCCGGCUCUGAUCGCCAAUUUCCUCUUCUUGGCUCUAUUGUCUCUGGACUACUCUCUCCGGGUGCUUCAGCCCUACAUGGCGCUCUCCUCCAAAGGCGGAGCUACCGCUGAGGCCUCUCUUCUGGUCGACUAUGCUUGCCGCCUACCUUUCUCCGCCACUUUGGCGGCACUCGAGAACAGACACUGGCAAACAGCUGUUCUGUCCUUUGUCUCGUUGACAUCCUGCACUCUUCCCAUCCUCGCUGGAGGCUGCUUCUGGACGCAAUACUACGGCAAUGAUGACGUCGUCCGUGUCGCAGCCGAGCUCGCAGGAUACUACGCCCUCUGCUUCUUCCUCGCCCUCUACGGCGUCAGCCUCCUCGCUCUCAUCCCAGGCCGUCGCCGAGCCGCCCUUCCUCACCGCAGCAACACGCUCUCCGAGAUAAUCAGCUGGGUCUACCAAUCCCCCAUCCUCGCCGACCGCGCUUUCUCUCGCCCACAGACAAAGCCCGAGCUCGUCGCAAGGCUAAUGGGAUCCACCUACGCGGAACGCACAUGGGCCCGGUCCGCUCUCUCGCUCGUCCGUCCUUCGCGCAACAAUCUGCGCAACGAGCCAGCUGCAGAACCCGCCCUAGGCGACAAGAAGACGAGGAAGGAACGCAAGAACGAGAAGCACAACUCCUACACCGACCCACAGAAGAUUCGUUACGGCUUCGGUAUUCACGUCGGACGCGAUGGUCUCGAGCAUCUCGGCAUCGACCGCGUACAUCGUGGUGGAGAGAGGAGUGGCCGCGAACUUGUUAUCUGGGAAGAGCAGAACAACAACAAGAGGAAGAGCUGGACGAGUCAAGUCUAA